UUGUCUUGAAAUAAUGAAGACCUUUUUCCUAAUAAUAACAGUGUCAUUGAUGGCCAGGUUAAGCAGUGUUGUUGUCCAUGGUUCUGGCAACGGCGAAUGGUCUGAUGCCCACGCAACAUUCUACGGAGGCGCUGAUGCAUCUGGUACAAUGGGUGGAGCUUGUGGCUAUGGAGAUCUAUACAGCCAAGGUUAUGGCGAAAACAACGCUGCAUUGAGCACUGCACUCUUUAAUGAUGGACUGAGCUGCGGAGCAUGCUUCGAGAUCAAAUGUGUUAACGAUGGUGAGGAGUGCUUUCCAGGUUCCAUUAUUGUUACUGCAACAAAUCUAUGCCCUCAAAACAAGUCUCUGCCUAACAAUGCUGGAGGAUGGUGCAACUCUCCCUUGAAACACUUUGAUCUCUCCCAGCCAAUUUUCCAGCAUAUUGCUCAGUAUAGAGCUGGAAUAGUCCCUGUUAAAUACAGAAGAGUUCCUUGCAAGAAGAGAGGGGGAAUAAAAUUCAGUAUAACAGGACAUUCCUACUACAACCUUGUACUGAUUUCCAACGUGGGAGGAGCAGGGGAUGUUGUGUCUGUCUCUAUCAAAGGAUCCAACACUAGCUGGUUACCGAUGUCUCACAAUUGGGGCCAAAACUGGCAAAGUAAGGCGUACCUCGAUGGACAAGCAUUGUCUUUCAAGGUCACAACCAGCGACCAACGCACUCUUGUCUGAAAACAAUGUAACACCUCCGGGCUGGUCUUUUGGUAAGACCUACACCGGGGGACAAUUCUCCGGUCACGACUCCUCCACUUCCAACUCUUCCCG